AUGGCUUCUAGGCCCGUUAUCCUCGUCACUGGCGCCAACCAGGGCCUUGGCCACGAAGCCCUCAAAGCACUGGCCCAAGCGAACAAAUACCACCUUGUCGCUGCCGCCCGCUCGCAGUCAAAGGCCGACGAGGCUGUCAAGGUCAUCGCAUCUGAAACUGGCUCGGACUCUGCAAACUUAACCCCCGUUGUUAUCGAUUUGGACAAUGAUGAGUCCAUCUUCGCCGCUGCUGCAAUCGUCAAGGACAAAUUCGGCCAUCUCGACGUUCUAGUGAACAACGCCGGCAUUAAUCGCUCUCCUAACGACAAUGCCACUCUCCGCGAGAACCUCCGCGCCGUGUUCGAAACGAAUGUUUUCGGCGUCGCGGUCAUGAACGAGACCUUCCUGCCGCUGAUCCGAGCGUCUAUAUAUCCGAAACGCCGCAUUGUCACUGUCACCAGCGGCCUGGGCAUGUUCGGUGUCGCCCUUACGGAAAGCUCUCCGUAUAACAUCUGGAAGUACAAAGUUCCGGUUUACCGCAGCAGCAAGUCAGCCAUCAAUAUGCUCGCAGCCGUCGACACUAUCACGCUUCAAGACGAAAAUAUCCCGACUGUUCUCGUCGAGCCUGGAUACUGCCGGACGGCGUUUGGAGGAUUCCAAGGCCAUAAGGACGCCGAUCAGGGUGGCAAAGUUAUCGCGCGUGCUGCUGUUGAAGGGGAUAACAAAGAUCUGUUUCUGAAAGUUGUCGAUGAUGAGGGCAAGCAUGCCGAGUUCGGCUGGUAA